GGAUCGUACGGCAGCCCAGUUCAGUGCUCGGCCAGCCAUGGAGCGUGGAGGGUGUGUCGGCUGCCAGCACGUGUCUCUUUUACUGCCCCAGUGCUAUUCUUUCCUGGCUGCGUGAGUCUCGGGAUACCUUACACUCUUAGUAUAUGCGGAAAGGUGUCAGUGGCUCCGUAAUUCAUAAUUGGGUUGUCUGCUGGAAGGCGCAAGUCGUUGUUGAGACACUUGGCAAACUCAAAACUUUUCUUUGUUCAUUCAUCUCCGUCUUCAAGAAUCUUUUGUGAAGUAGAUUAGAAUGGUAAAUAAGUAUUCAUAAGUAGGUAGAUGACAUAACUUCAGCACGUCAAGGUUAUUUCACUUAAUUCCCGCCGCGGAAAAGGUUGAUGAGAAACGUUUAAGUUAAUCGCUGAUCCAACCCACGGCCUGGCGGGAACUCUAAACUGAAACAAAACUUACGAACUCUUGCAAACAUGUCCCUUUAGAAAAUACUGGAAGGAGUGGAUUUACGUGUAUGUUUUGUUGACUCUUAGAAAUUGAGACAAGUGUUGUGGUACCUUGUCUAAAGUGUCCGCCCGAACAGUGCCACACACACGGCGCGGGAUGGAGGUCUUCACCACAUGCUUCGUCUCUCUCCUGCUGCUCCACCUCUCAGGCUGGCGCGUUCCGUGGUUGCUUGGGCGUCGGGAGGGAAGGUGGGCUGGCAGGGGUGCUGGCGGAGGAACACAGUGAGGUGAUGGUGCAGCAAGUGGACGUCCCUGGUGUGGUCAAUCUUGGGGAGAACGUGGAACUGGAGUGCCACUAUGAGAUCAGCGGCAACCUGUACUCCAUCAAGUGGUAUCUUAAUGACCGGGAGUUCUUCAGGUACCAGCCAGAGGAGGAGACCAACAUCAUGAUCUUCCAAAUCCCGGGGGUCAACGUUAAUAGAGAGAUGUCCGUGGGGCACCGCGUGAAGCUGGACAAUGUGCAGCUGGGCGCCUCAGGGAUGUACAAGUGUGAGGUGAUCGGAGAGGGUCCUCAGUUCCUCACGUCAGACAAACACGCCAAGAUGAUGGUCGUCAAGAUCCCGGAGGAGAAACCUACAAUUUAUGGUACCCAGCAUGAGUACAAGAUUGGAGACACUGCUCGCCUCACCUGUGUGUCCGCGCCCUCCCACCCCCCGGCCAGCCUCACUUGGUACAUCAACGACAACAUUGUCCCAGAGAAAUAUGUGACUCCCAUGGACGACAACCACUCCCUGGACGGCAUGGUAGAGGCGCGCCGGGUGCUGCAGUUCGUGGUGGGACCCCAGCAUUUCGUGAACGGCCAGAUGAAGCUGCGUUGCUCCGCCAGUAUCUCCACCCUGUACUACAAGACGCAGCAGCACAGCGUGGACGGCCACCACCCUUAUAAUGUACCCGUCAUGGAGUCCCGUGACCAUUCCGCCAUGGCAGGAGCAGACAAGGUCCGCCUCCCUGGCAGUGGCUGUCAUCUGGCGGUGCUUGUGCUGGUGACGCUUACUGUGGGCACUCUGCUGCAGGCUACCCUCAGCUGACUCUUCAGCGUCCCUCACCACCUUAAUUCAUAAACUUUUAACUGGGAGAAGCAACAGCACGCAUGCUUGGGAUAGUCAACACUGAAUAUUUACUCACGAGGCUCAAAAUUAUGUCGUAAGUCGUCAGUGUGAAGAAAGCGCCGAUCCCAUGAGAAGAGGAAGAGUAAAUCUUGGCCGCGUGCGGGGGAGCGAGGCUGGCGCCGCGACCCGUGGGUGGACGUGGCCAGGUCAUCUCACAGCAGCUCGGCCCAAUCAUUCGUGGCGGUGGGUGGCGUGGCAUUCUUGAAGAAAGUCAUGUUACAUCACUGAAUUACCAUAGAAAACGUUUUAUAAGUAUUUAUGUACUACUUGUCCAGAGUAAGGGUGAGUUACAUUAAUUACUUCCAGGUUCUGUGUUUGUAUGUGCUGAACAAACGUGAUAUUGCUCCAUGUGUUUAGGGAGUGUCUACAGGUGUACCAGAAUGUUGUGGUGCAGGUGCUCACAGCAGCACUGCAGCACUCUUGACAAACCAAAGACUGUGAAGCUAAGCUUUUCAUUAUCAAGAUGGUGCGUGUCGCUGGGGGAUGGAUUUCGGUGAUUUAAUUUUGUGCACAUAGACAUUUACUACUUCGUAUAUGACCAUUUAUAUAUAUGUAUACUCUACGUAUAUAUUUCAUAUAAUGUUAUAAUGUAUUGUACUGGAGUAUACAUAUGUGUAGGGAACAUGCUUUAGCUCUACAUGGUAGCGACAGCUUUCCUUCCUUUUAGGUGUCCCGUUCAAGUUGUAUGUGCCGCGAGGGGCAGAGAGGUGUAGACAGGUAAAGGUAGCACGGUGAAGGUGUGGAGAGAGGCAGGUGAGGGGAAUGAUGGGGGCGGGAGGCUGCGGGGUGUAUGUGCGGCGUGAGGCAGAGACGGCCACCAGUGAGGAGUGUUGACCGGUCAGUCAUGUGGAGUCAUUAUCCACCUCCAUUUCCGGAGAAGCAGACAUGUUUAAUUUUUAAGAAUUCUAUGUUAAUGGAAAAUGUUAUCUAUAGUUUAAAAUGUUGCUAAGAGUAAAGCCAGUGACGAUAUCUUGCAUUGAGAUGUUCUUGUAACCUUUUAGCUGUAAGUAUUAUUACCAUGAUUAUUAUUAUGAUUAUUAUCAUUAUCAUCAUCAUCGUGAUUAAAGCAUAAUUAACAUGUUUGCAAAUGGACACAAUCUAUAUGUUCUACAUCGAUAUGUAUAUACAAUUUUAAUGUUCAGAUUUUUAUGUAUAAAUAUAAUAUACAUCAUAAAAUAA